AUGUCGCGAUCGUCUUCGAACCCCGUUCCGGCAACCCCAAGAGUCAUUUCUCCUUCACCAACACCCUCGGAAGCUGGGGAAACAACUUCGCAAGAUGGCUAUUUCGGGCCGGUGACAAGGUCUGCUAAGAAGAGGGCGGCAGCUCCACAGCCGAUACACGAAGAUCUCGAUGAAGAAGAGGAAACAAGCGCGGAUUUAAGAAGGGCAAGGUCAAAAAGCAGAAGUCCUAUGAGAAUACGAAAAGUCACUGGCCAUGCUCCAGCUAAAGCAACGACAUCUUCUACUAUCACAAGCCCUCCGCCUGUAACUCCAAAUGGGGCUACAUCGAACGGGCAUCUCUCGCCCACAAGUGCUAAUUCAGGAUGGAGCUGGAGGGAUCUGAGUCGAAGUCCUAGUCCGUUGGGUCUUAUUCCUAUACACAGACAAUGGAGAUCGUUUGUGCACCGGCAUGAGGUCCCACGAAAACUUUUGCACGUCUCUAUUGGAUUCUUCACUAUCUGGGCCUAUGUACAUGGUCUUCAGACCUCGGAUAUCCACCCGUAUCUUUUGACGGCGCUUGUCCCGAUUGCAACCGUUGAUUAUGCCCGUUUCAAAUUCCCAUCUUUUAAUCGCUUUUAUGUCCGAGCUCUCGGUGCUUUCAUGCGAGAAACCGAGUUCGAAGGAUGGAACGGGGUCAUUUGGUACCUCCUAGGAGCCUGGAUCUCCCUGCGCUUCUUCCCUAAGGACGUCGGAGUCAUGGGUAUACUUCUCCUAAGCUGGUGUGACACCGCCGCGAGCACCGUUGGACGGGCAUAUGGACGUUACACGCCUCGUAUCAGGCGUGGAAAAUCUCUCGCGGGGUCACUUGCAGCGUUUCUCGUCGGCGUCAUUACUGCAGCCGGAUUCUGGGGAUGGCUGGUACCACGGAACGGCCAGUUUCCUGAGGACGUGAACUGGCCUUUACAGUUCACAGGAACGUUGUCCCUGCCAGGGCCUAUUAGGGACCUUGUUGGUUUGACCGAGGCACAGGCGAGCAUUUCUGGCGGUUUGGCUUUAGCAAUAAUGAGUUUAUGGACAGGCUUUGCGGCUUCAGCCAGCGAGGUCAUUGACAUCUUUGGGUGGGAUGACAACUUAACGAUACCGAAUAGAGGCGGUGUUUCCAGCGAUUUUGGGGAAGCAUGGGCGUUGGAUGGUUCACAUGGCAUGCACUAG